AUGAGCAAUACGACACCAUCAGCAGUAACCGAGACUACUACUACUACUAUUUCCUCGUUGGACCUAUAUUUGUCUUUGAUUCAAAUUCCAGCGAUUACUACACAAUUCUAUUUAUGGGGUUAUCUAAUCACAUUCUUACUCGGUUUCACAGGCAAUACUCUUAGUUUGUUAACAUUUUCUCGGUCAACAUUAAGAAAUAUAUCAACAGGAUGUCUAUUCAUCAUAUUAGCUAUUUCGGAUACACUAUAUUUAUUUAUAUCUAUUAUAGACUUUGCUGAAUUUGGCCUUAAGGUUCGUCUCUAUCAUCGCAUUGAUUACGAUCAAUUAUGUCGUUUUCGUAUGUUUACAAUUUGCGUAUCUCAAGUGUAUUCAGCAUGGUUGUUGGUGAUUAUAACAAGUGAUCGAUGGAUUCGUACAAGAUUUCCAUUUAAAUCAAAUUCAAUAUGCACACGGAAAAAUGCUUUGUUGUUUGCAUCUAUAAUUCUGAUUGCAGUUAUUGGUCUUCAUUCACACAUUUUAUUACCAUUUUUUGGCAUGGUACUACCAGGAAUACCCAGUUUAGCAUGUGGAGCAAACGGAAACAAUGCAGAAUAUGUGACAUUCUACUAUUAUCAAUGGACAAUUAUUCAGAUAAUCACAACUUCUCUUGGACCUGCUGUAUUGAUGAUUAUUAUGGUCAUGGAUAUAUCUAUUAAAAUUCGUGCUCAAAAGAAACUAGUUGCUUCUCAUUUGGAACCAAUUAGUGGUUAUCGAUCGGCACGAUCAGAUAAACGCAUUCAUAAUCAAAUGAUUUUACUCAUGUUAUCAACUAUUGGCAUUUUUUUUAUUACAACUCUUCCGAUAACCAUAGACGAUCUGGUUGCAGUUCACACAAUUACUGACUUAUCUGAUUUAUCACAACUUUUCAUUAUACGGACCAUUUUAAACUGGCUUCAAAGUCUGAACUGUGCAGUUAACUUUUAUGUAUAUUGUCUUACUUCUACACUGUUUCGAAAAGAAUUUACACAACUAGUGGGUAUUAUUCGUGGUCGACGUGAGCUGAGUCUGCAAGCUCAAACACACAUGAGAACAAUUCAUGUAACACAGCCGCAGCAGCAGCAUUAA